GGCAAAUCUUUCAAUUGAGUCAGUACAGCACUAGUAGAGCACCGAAACGCAACAAUGUCGGCAAGAGUUUUUGCUAUUACAAUUCUUAUGGGGUUAUCGAUGAUUGACACCAAAGAGGGUCCUCAUAUCGUCUCUUUGAAAACAGCAAUACUUGGAGAAGAUGUUACUUUACAUUGUGGAGUUAGAAAGGAAAGAUUUAUUCACUGGUACAAGCUAUCGAUUGGAUAUGUUCCCCAAAAGGUCGCUACAAGAAUGGCUAAUUUUAGGGUGAUCCCUCCUUUCGAUUCACGUUUCACUGCAGCAGAACCAGACAUGGAUCUGAACAUUAGAUCUGUGACUAAAGAAGACGAAGCAAACUAUUUCUGCCAAGAGUAUGAUUCAGAGAAUUGGAAAAGUGGAUUUUUUUUGUCUGUCAAAGAUCCCAAUGACCAGAGGUUUGUCUCCCAGACUGUGGUCCUACAGCCUGCGUCUGCAUCAGCUCAGCUGGGAGACCCUGUGGCUCUCCAGUGCUCUAUUACCUCCCAGAGGACGGACCACAGUAACCAGUGCCAAGAGGAACCCAGUGUGUACUGGUUCAGAUCAGGACCAUCUCACCCUGCUGCCAUUUACAUGAAUGGAAACAGGAGUGGUGAAUGUCAGGAUAGUUCUGGGCCUCCGUCUGCUCCACAGAGCUGGGUCUACACUCUCCCCAAGAACAAAGUAGACUCCUCUGAUGCUGGGACUUACUACUGUGCCCUGGCAGCAUGCGGGGAAGUUGUGUUUGGAAGUGGAACUAAGCUGGACGUGUUGCAAAAUGGAACUAACAAAACAGGACCCAAUCUGGUUCCAGCAAUCGUGGUGCUUGGAAUACUGUUGGCUUGCUGUCUGGUUGUGAUCAUAAUCCUCCUUCUCACCAGAAAUAGAAAGCAAGUUUGUGAGCAUUGCAAAGGAACACUGGGUGCUUCCCACUCUGUCCCACACGACUCAGUGAUUCAGGAACCACAGGACGAGAAAACUGAUUCCUUGAACUACGCAGCGUUGGAGUUCUCUGGCAGGAAAACCAGAGGAAGGAAGAAGAACAACGAGAAGACUCAGGAGAGUCUGUAUUCUGCUGUGAGAGAAACCUGCCACUGAAAACCAUCGACCUGGUCGUAAUAUAGUUUGAAUUCCUCAAUAUUGUAACGUGGAUGUGCAGUAUAUUUCCAAAGGUGAUAAAAGUAGAAGUUUAAAAUACGAUGAGAGAAGCUAAGGUAAAUACUAAGAUUAGGACAAUGCUCGAGUAGCACUGAACCAUAACGAGAGAGAUGAUAGGAAGCAACACUUAAAGCGCUAUUUUUCAUUAGCUUGUAUUAACCAGCCCAACGCCGGUGGGCUAAGCCCCUGAUGCUCAUGAAACCUAAAAACUAGGCAUGCGCUAAAAUGCGCUAAUCGGACGGCAAUUUUUUUCAUAAUGCUUAACCUAAAUAAACACAAAUACGCCAGUUAUUAUAGCUUUAAAUAGCUACCUGACUGCUGUGCUGCUUAUCCCCAAACAUCUACAGUUCCAUUCAGGUUAUGUCAGAGUAAAAUAAAUACAAGUGAGACAGACCUUACACACAUAUACAUAUAUAUUCUGGUUAUGCUUUUAAACUGUUUAUUCUCUUGCCAGAAGGACUAUCUAGAAGGACUAGGCUACUAUAUUUUGAGAAGUCCCUGGAAUCCCGUUGUUUCUUUCUACAUAACUAACUAGCAUUAGUGACCAUAAUAAUUGUAUCACUUCUAGACUGAAUUUAAUUAAUGCAUUCCAUAGAUAGUAUAUAUAUUUUUCCUUACCCAAAAAUUAUAUUCAGGGCUAAUUAAAUAAUAUCCGGGGCUUAAGCCCCGAAUAAAACAGCCUAGUGACGCCACUGGUAUUAACUGCCACAUAACGCUGGUCAUUAUAAAAGGCUUGCGUUCAUGAAGCUGCACAGAGCACAUUCAUAUGUCUCCACCUGAUUGUAGCUGGGGCUCAUUUGGUUCUAGCAAUUGUGCUUGCCAAAGGUUUUUGUGUCGCUGUAAAUGUUCAUGUGUUUCGUUCAUUUUCAUAAGUUAUUUGCUAUUCUAAAAUGUUGUUAAUAAAGGAAUUGAA